AUGGCCACGACGGCAGCAAAUACUCAAAGACAAACGAUAGGCUGCGAGGAGUACAGUCUGUACAGCAGCCUGAGCGAAGAUGAGCUGAUAAAGAUGGCCAUCCAGCAGAGCUUGGAGGAGGACACAGGAGGUCAGACAGUGGCCCAGAGCCCCCAGAAGUCGCUGGUGGCCCGUGCCGGUGAAGCGGCCGCCCCAAGCCGUGCCAGCCCGCACAACCCUCCCUACCGCAUCUACCCCUGGCAAAGAUUGGCCCAGCAGACAGGCCGUGCUCAGCCGUCCGGCUCGGGGGCAGCCUGGGGGGUCAGGCGAAGGUGCGACAGCAGCCAGCUCAGCACAUCCCAGGCCGUAGAAAUUGACCCUGUAGUGGCAGCAAUCAGGGAUGGAGAUGAAAAAGCAGUAUUCAACAUGAUGAAAUCAGGAAAAAACCUUUCUAUACCUAACAAGGAUGGCUGGAUACCCCUCCAUGAAGCUGCAUACUAUGGCCAAGUGGGCUGCCUGAGCCUGUUGCAAAAAGCGUACCCAGGCACCAUCGACCAGCGCACCCUCAAUGAGGAGACAGCUCUGUACCUGGCCACCAGCCGGGGCAACCUGGACUGCCUGCUCACCCUGCUGCAGGCUGGGGCUGAGCCCGACAUCUCCAACAAGGCCAGAGAAACGCCGCUCUACAAAGCUUGUGAGCGCAAGAAUGCAGAGGCUGCAAGACUGCUGGUGCAGUACAAUGCAGAUACCAACCAUCGCUGCAAUCGGGGAUGGACCGCGCUCCAUGAGGCCGUCUCCCGAAACGACCUGGAGAUCAUGGACAUCCUUGUGAAAGGGGGUGCCAAGAUUGAGUCAGCAAAUGCCUAUGGGAUCACUUCCUUAUUUGUGGCAGCUGAGAGCGGGCAGUUGGAAGCUUUGAGAUACCUUGCAAGAUGUGGUGCUGAUAUAAACACACAAGCCAGUGAUAACGCCUCUGCUCUUUAUGAAGCCUGCAAAAAUGGACAUGUGCCCAUUGUGGAGUUUCUUUUGUCCCAAGGAGCAGAUGCCAACAAAGCCAAUAAAGAUGGCCUGUUACCUCUUCACAUAGCAGCCAAAAAAGGGAUUUGCGAGAUUGUGUCCAUGCUGAUCCCUGUGACCAGCCGCACCCGUGUCAAGCGCAGCGGCAUCAGCCCCCUGCACUUGGCAGCCGAGCGCAACAACGACGACAUCCUGGAGGAGCUGAUUGAAGCUGGCUACGAGGUCAACACCGCCCUCUCUGAUGAACGCUCCUGCCUCUACGAGGACAGACGCACCACCCCGCUCUAUUUUGCUGUUUUUAACAACAACAUCUACGCCACAGAGCUGCUGCUGCAAGCUGGAGCCAACCCCAAUGUUGACCUCAUUAACCCAUUACUCAUCUCCAUCCGCCACGGCUGCCUGAAGACCAUGAAACUGCUUCUCGACCAUGGGGCGAACAUUGAUGCCUAUAUAUCAAGUCAUCCCACCACCUUUCCAGCUACCAUCAUGUUUUCAAUGAAGUACCUUUCUGUGCUGAAGUACCUCCUGGAUCUGGGCUGUGACGCAGGUUCCUGUUUUGAGUGUCAGUACGGAAAUGGCCCACACCCUGCAUUAAAUUACAGAAGGGAAAGACUGAAUGAUCCUCAGGUGACCAGGGAGCCAGCUGUAGUACAGUUUUGUGAAAUGGUGUCUACUCCAGAGAUAAGUCGCUGGGCUGGGCCGAUCAUCGAUGUUCUUCUGGAUUAUGUGGGAAAUGUGCAGCUCUGUUCCCGGCUCAAGGAACAUAUUGACAGCUAUGAGGACUGGGCUGUCAUUAAAGAAAAAGCAGAACCCCCACGACCUCUUUCCCACCUUUGCCGUAUCAAGGUCCGGAGCCUGGUUGGAAGGAACCGCAUUAAGCUCCUGGACACGCUGCCCCUCCCAGACAGACUGAUCCGCUAUCUACAGCACGACUACUCGCAGUGACCCCAGCACACUGCAGGUGCAGCAGCUUCCCAGCAUGGCACCCAGCCUCACCACUGUGGCACAGGUGCACAGCAGGGAGGAAUUGCUGCUGGCUUGGUCGAGCACCCUCCCGUGACUAAUCUAAGAGAA